AUGUCGGGAAGCCCGGCAAGAAAAAAGGUCGCUAUCAUCGGGGCUGGGGCCGCUGGCAUGUCCUGUGCGGCGACCUUAGCUAAUCAUCCCGACAAGUUUGAGGUGACGGUGAUUGACAUUGAUUCCCAUACUGGGGGCCAAGCAACCUCCAUCACCCUCGAUGAGUCCAAGUAUGGGGCAAAGUGGCUCAAUGACGGUGUGCAGGGCGGAUCAGCCAUAUUUCGACACACUUUCCGCUUCUUUCGCCGCUACGGUUACGAGCCGCAGCCGGUAAAGCUCCAGGUCUCCUUUGGCAAAGGUCGCGAUAGUUUCUGGACCAAUGUGUUCCCCAGUCCUCUGGUGGAUCGGCAUUCACGAGAAAUCAAAAAGCUAGGCCGUGUCUUGAGAUACAUCAAGUACCUGAUGCCUAUUCUUGGUGUUUUACCGGUCAAGUUUAUCCUGCGCCUGUUCUGUUUCAGCAAAGAUUUCAGCAACAAGAUGGUUUUGCCUCUCUUGGCACUGUUCUUAGGGACCGGAAAUGAGACUCCCAAUGUGUCAAGUGUGCUCUUGGAGCGCCUGUUCGAUGACCCCCAAAUGAAGCUCUGGGAGUACGACCCAGACACUUUGUUACCAAAUCUGCCAAUUAUGUUCACAUUCCCUAACUUGGGGAGCUUUUAUGAGGACUGGGCCGCGGACCUUCGUUCAGGAAAGAUUGAUAUUCGAUUAAAUACUUCUGUCAAAGUGCUUGAGCGAGGCAAGAAUGGUGUUAUUUUGCAGACCCAGAAACAUGGCAGCAACAACCACGACACCGAGCCCUUCGAUGACCUGGUCCUUUGCUGUCCCGCAGACGAGGCAAAGAAGCUCUUGGGUCACCAUGCGACAUGGCGCGAGAAAUACGUCUUGGGAGGCGUCAAGUUUUUCACCGACAUCACGAUCACCCACUCCGACUCGACUUAUUUUCAGAACAUCUUCGAGGCUCAAUAUGAUCCAGCGCUAUGUGCACAGUCAUCUACAAAAGAGCGGAAAGACCAACUUCAGUUUGCCAAGCAGAGACCUGUCUGCCAGAAUGACGGAUGGCUCGGGUUUAGACCGAUGUAUUACACUCAUUCUUUUGCCUCGGAUCCGGACAAGAUCGAAAUGGGAUUUGACUGUACUAAUUAUCAGCACCAAUUCCGCGAGAAUAUUGGAGAGGGCCAGUCAGCUUUGCCUCUGAACGAGCAUGUUUUUCAAACUAUUUUUUUGAAUGAUCAACAUCAAGACCUUUGGACUUGGAAUGAUAUUGACCAGUCCAAAAUCAUCGGAAGGAAAUGGUGGCAUCAGUUUGGUCACAGAUGGCAACACUAUUUGCGUGUUAUACCCGGGAUGAUGUUCAUCAAUGGCCAGAACAGAACAUUAUAUGCCGGAAGUUGGACUAUGGUCUUCGGCACUAACUUGAUUCAACUCAAGAAUAUGCACGAGAUUGCCUGCAUCUCCGGAAUUGCAGCAGCGUAUCAAUUAGGAGCCACAUAUGAGCCGUUUGACGACUUUGCAGAAGACUUUUUUGCCAAAUAUCUGUUUGUCUGCCAUGGGACACGUUACCGAAGAACAAAAGCGAAGGACACUUGA